AUGUACCCCGGUGCCACUACCCCCACGACUCGAAUUCCAUUAUCACGAAGCGCGAUGGAGGCGGGUAGCGUAGCCUUGAAGCGAUCGGUGUUGACUGGAGGCUGGCGAGAUGCGGACUAUUGGUGCGACCCUGGACGUGGCUCCGACUCAUCGGUCAUUAGAGCAUACUGCGAUGCUCUAGAGCAAAUUGCUCGCGAGGACCCAGAUUUCGCGCAGAAAUAUGGAACACAGUUCCACCGCCCUUGCGGAACAGGCGAGCUUCUUCAGUCCAAUUACAGGGUCACUUCUGGGGCAGCAGAUGGCACAACGAUGGCAGUAAUUCCGGGUUAUUAUUCGUCUACCGUUCUUCAAGUUAAUCGAAACUCCUAG